AUGGCUGAUAAUAUCACUGUCGAAAAGGUGCAACAGAUACUUUACAACAAGGAGCUGUCUAUGAGAGAGCGUUUUAGGGGAAUGCCCUCCCUGCGUGAUCUAGGCGGCAAGGAAGUCAUAGAUAGUUUGCUAACAUGUCUAGACGACCCAUCAGCACUGCUAAAACACGAGGCAGUAUUUUGUAUUGGACAGAUACAAGACCCAUACGUCAUACCAUAUCUGAUUAAUGUACUGGAAGACACAAGUCAAGAACAAAUAGUGCGACAUGAAGCAGCUGAAGCUCUUGGUGCUAUCGGUUCCAACGAAGUGCUUUACAUACUUGAAAAGUAUAGAUUUGAUCCAGUGAUAGAGAUUGCUGAGACCUGUCAAUUGGCACUGGCAAUAAUCAACUGGUUGAAUAGUAAUAAACAUAUUCAAGUCGAGAAUUCAUACAAAGGUGUUGAUCCAGCUUCAGCAUCAGAUGACGACAAUGUUGAGUCAUUGAAAGGCACAUUGCUGGACGAGUCGUUAGCAUUUUUUGAUCGAUAUAGAGCUAUGUUUGCAUUAAGGAAUAAGACAAGCGAAUCAGUCCUGGCACUUGCCGAAGGUAUAUAUUGUUUUGAUAGAUAG